UUCUCCUAUAUUCAGAAACUAAAGGAAAUACUCCUGCCUUACCAUGUAACAUUUCAUUAUAAUGAUUUGUUGCUGUAAGUGAACUAUUAUUAUACGUGGUUUUUUCUCUAAACGUUAAUCAUGUACGUGCAGCAGUAGCAGCAGCAGCAGCAGCAAAAGGAAUUCUUUUACCCUUUCCUUUUGCUCAUUCUGCUCUCUCCUUUUCCCCCCAAAAGUAGAGACUCUUUUACUUUUUGUUGGUUUUUAUCGGGUUUACUAUUCUGCUUGAAAAUUAUGCCUUCUUCUUCUCUACACUAUUUUUUCUUAAAACCUUUUGAAUAAUUUAAUCCUUUCUUUUAAGACUGUCAUUCUUUCCUUCCCCAUCUUCCAUUUCUACAUUAUUUUUGAUUGCAACUUAUUGAGUAAAAACCCAUUCUACCCUAUUUAAUACAGUAUCAGCCCAUAUCAUAACUAUUCCACUAUGCCUAUUGCCGUGCCUGAACAACCACAAAUGUUCCAUUAUCCAGCACCUAAUAUUCCAGAAAACUAUCUAUCCAACCCUAAUUCUCGUAGAAGCUCGGCUGCAACCACUGUCACGAACAGAUCUUCAAAAUCAUCGAGAGACAGAAGAAGAAGCUCAGGAGCCCUAUCUACUCAUUCUCAACAAAAGCCUAGAAAAUGUAUUGGUGACUAUAUCGUAGGCAAAACACUGGGUAAAGGUGCCUCAGGCCGAGUUAAAUUGGGUGUACACAGGAUGACAGGAGAACAAGUAGCUAUCAAAAUUAUCAGCAAAGCCCAUCUAGCUGCAAACCCUGCUAUUGAAAAAGCAGUUCGACGUGAAAUAGCCAUUAUGAAAUUAAUUAAUCAUCCCAACGUUAUGUCUUUGACUGAUGUGAUUGACGACCCAUCUUCUUCUGACCUGCAUUUAGUUCUGGAAUAUGUCGAAGGAGGUGAAUUAUUCGAAUACCUCGUCAGUAAAGGUCGUCUUGACGAAGCUGAAGCAAGACAUCAUUUCCAGCAAAUUAUCUUGGGUUUGGAUUAUUGCCAUCAUCACUUGAUUUGCCAUCGUGAUUUGAAGCCUGAAAAUCUACUGUUGGAUUCAAAGAAUAAUAUAAAGAUUGCUGAUUUCGGUAUGGCUUCAUUACAACCUUUAGGUUCCAUGCUGGAAACCAGUUGCGGCUCCCCGCAUUAUGCUAGCCCUGAAAUUGUAGCUGGCUUACCUUACAAUGGAUCCGCCUGUGAUAUAUGGUCUUGUGGUGUUAUUCUGUAUGCUCUCUUAACCGGUCACCUUCCCUUUGAUGAUGAAAAUAUUCGUCAAUUGUUACGAAAAGUCAAAUCAGGAAAAUAUACCAUGCCUGACAAUAUCUCUGUACCUGCUCAAGACCUUAUCCGACGUAUCUUGGUAGUAGACCCAUCGAAACGUCUCAAUAUGCAACAAAUUAUGUCUCAUCCAUGGUUCCGGGAAACACCUCCUCUCAAUAUAUCUACAUUACCAGUUCCACCAACAGAAAAAGAAAUUGGUCGGCCCGUACACGAUGCAUCGGAAAUUGAUGAUCGUAUCUUGGAGACAAUCAAAUUCUUAUGGAGUGAAUCAAGUAAUGAGAAUGUUAUCAGAGCACUCCUUCAAAAAGAACACAACAUGCAAAAAGUUGUUUAUGUCUUGUUAAAACAACAUGCCGAAAGAUAUUGGCAAGCAGAUCAUGCUGAUGAAAGUGACGAGGAUGAAGAGAGCAGUUCUGCAGACCCCUCAAGACGCCGUUAUAGAACAAUCACUCAUCGUUCUGAUCGAGACAGAAAGUCUCUUUCUAUGCUCGAUGCAAAGAAUACAACUGCCUCUACGACUGCUCGACGUGGUUCUGCCGUUGUCCCUCGACCCUCAGCGCCUUGGCUUUCUAACGACGCUCCCUUUCCGCCCACCAACAGUAGUCAAAAAGACUUGAUGAGACGCCAUUCCGCUGCUACUGUACGAACCAAACUACCUGUGAUCAAUACAAACAAUCAUCCCGCCCAGCCUCCUUUACCCGCCCUCCCUCUUGAAAAGCCAUCAAAAAUGAAAAAGAGUGAGACCUUUUAUACACGUUUUGUGAAGAGUGUACUAUCAUCUUCACGAAAGCAGCAAAGCAAAGAACCAAGGAAUACCACGGAUACUUUUGUCAAUAAAAUGAUAAACAAUUCAGUAACAACUACAAGCGCUCAUGCAGCUGCUGCUACUCCUGGUGGUAAUCCUUCUAAAGCAGGUGCGCCUGCACUUACACCCAAAUCAGGCACAUCCACCCUCGUGGGAACCCUCCGUCGCAAAAACCCCUUUCAUCGCACGGCCAUUAACACAACUGACUUUGCCAUCACAUCUAUUACCCAUACUACCUCAACGAAAGGGACAGUUAGGCCAGCAAGCACUAUACUACAACGCAACAGAAUCGACCCUUCAGAGGACGAAGAUUCCGUUCAUGCAAACCAGUCAGCGGAAGACAAUCAAAAGUCUGCUUCUCCUAGUAGACACGCUACUUUACAGGCUAAGCGCAUGUCAUUACGUAUUCCAAAUGCUUUCAAAGGUGUGAAUGACUCAAGAUUUGGUUUUACACUCGGUUCCAAUGCUCGUAAGCAACGCAAACAAGUGGAUAUAUCCAUGUUUGGCGGACCCGCCAGCAGUCAUAAAGACGCCUUGGAUACCAAGUUUGAGAUUACCUCGUUUGCUGCUGCAUCGUUCCAGCAACAGCAGCAGCAGCAGCAGCAGCAGCCACCUACAGCCCAAUCAUCUGAAUCAAGUCUUUUGCCUCCUCCUGCAUUAUCUGAUGGUAGUACAUUAAGUAGUAGCAGUAGUACAUGUUCCAGUUCUCACAGUAAUAUUGUCUAUCAAACCACUGCCGCUACCAUACCAUCUCCAGUUGUAGGUACUCCUACGGUUUCAGCUGCUGUCCCUAAAAAUUACAUGCAUAGGCACUCCAAUCAAAAUAUGCUUAUGGCCUCCACUACCACUGCAUUUACUACUACUACUACUACUACUGCUACUGCUACGACGAAUAACAAUAAUAACGCUAACAAUACUGCCAGAAGAGCAAGCCAAGUAUCUUUCAAAUCCGUGGAUCGCCGGGGCAGCAACAUCAGUACAUCCAAUUUAUCGCAACAACAUAUCAACCGACCUAUUACACCUAGCUUACUUUCCAACAGUUCAACUAUUGCCACUUCAAAUGUUCCCAUUUUGGAGAUUAUGGGUAGCAAAAGCAAUCAAUCUAUGAGUGUUCAUAGUACUGUCUCUUCAACCCAGACAGCAGCAGCAACACAUUCCACGAAAGCAUCAUGGCUCAACCAUUUAUUCUUCUUCAAGCAGCCCAAAGUAUGCUCUCUCACUGUAUAUAGUACGGAUACCGUAAAGAUCUUAAAGGCACUUCAUCAAAACAUGAACCAGUUCGUGGAGGCACGGUUUUAUGAAAAGAGUGACCGUGCUGGUACUACAAGAUACAAAGUAGAGAUCCUAUGGAAGCCUCCACAUGGCACAGGCAAGCUACGUCAAGUGAAGUGCCGUAUUGAACUGCUGAUGAUGCCCGAUGCUCAUUGUUGUCUUGUGCAAUUGACGCAACAGCAAGGUGAUGCGCUUGUUUUGAGUACAACCAUGCAACAAAUGGAAGAGGCUAUGACUAAAGAAUUUCCACCGCCAUCACCAUUAUCUUCAGAACAACAACAGCAACAGCACUCUUUUAAAGAACUGAAUUCAGUCAUCACUUCUGCAAAUACACUCGUCGAAAAUGACGACUAAAAAGUUCUUUUUCCUCUAUGUCAUUCAAAAUUAUUCUUGAUCCGUUCAUUUCAUUUUUUUAUUCUUAUACAUGUACCUAUAUACACGUAUGACAAGAAAAGACAUGAUGAUCAUGAUAGCUCCCCAUCCUCUCUUAUAAUUCUAACUUUGGGGCUUAACUCCAUCCCUAGUAAUUCUCAUACUUAUUCCUGGCACUUUUCUAAUCUGAAUUUUACUAUUUUGCAAUUACAUAACGUUACCUAUCUCGUCGUCAACAGUGACACUGGUAAUAAAUACUUUUUCAUAAUUUCUCAGCUUGCGUUC